GAGGUCCUGAGCCUAAGCCAUCGUUCCCUCCAUUAGAGGUAUUCAGCCUAAGGCACCGACGCCCCCAUUGGAGGUCCUGAGCCUAAGCCAUCGUUCCCUCCAUUAGAGGUAUUCAGCCUAAGGCACCGACGCCCCCAUUGGAGGUCCUGAGCCUAAGCCAUCGUUCCCUCCAUUAGAGGUAUUCAGCCUAAGGCACCGACGCCCCCAUUGGAGGUCCUGAGCCUAAGCCAUCGUUCCCUCCAUUAGAGGUAUUCAGCCUAAGGCACCGACGCCCCCAUUGGAGGUCCUGAGCCUAAGCCAUCGUUCCCUCCAUUAGAGGUAUUCAGCCUAAGGCACCGACGCCCCCAUUGGAGGUCCUGAGCCUAAGCCAUCGUUCCCUCCAUUAGAGGUAUUCAGCCUAAGGCACCGACGCCCCCAUUGGAGGUCCUGAGCCUAAGCCAUCGUUCCCUCCAUUAGAGGUAUUCAGCCUAAGGCACCGACGCCCCCAUUGGAGGUCCUGAGCCUAAGCCAUCGUUCCCUCCAUUAGAGGUAUUCAGCCUAAGGCACCGACCCCCCCCAUUGGAGGUCCUGAGCCAAAGGCACUGUCUCCCCCUCCCCCCCAUUAGAGGUCCUGGCCAUAUGCCUCAUGUCAGAGUCUGAAUAGCGACCCUUAAAGCGCCCUAAGAAACCGUGAAGACCUGAGAAAGGGCAGGGCCGGCUCCUGGCUCAUGAUUUCAUUCCACCACUCUGGUUUUGGAAAGCGACACAGCCCUUUCAUAUUUACAUGUGACACAAGUCUGUAUAAAAGAGACGGGAAUGACAUUUCACAAAGCCGCCUGCUACCUUCCCCGGUUGGGCAGUCUCCUGCUAGAAUGAAGAACAUCAACUUGUCCUUCGCAGCCUGUGGGUUUCUGGGCAUCUACCACUUGGGGGCAGCAUCGGCAUUGCACAGACACGGCGCUAAACUCCUGAAGGAUGUCAAGGGUUUCGCAGGGGCUUCUGCUGGAUCCUUGGUUGCCACGGUUUUGCUAACUGCACCGGAAAAGAUAGAGGAAUGUAACCAGUUUACCUACAAGUUUGCGGAAGAAACCAGAAGGCAGGCUUUGGGAGCAGUGACCCCAGGUUAUGACUUCAUGGCCCGAUUGAGAAGCGGAAUGGAGUCGAUUCUUCCUUCCAACGCACACGAGCUGGCCCAGAAUCGACUGUACGUAUCCAUCACCAAUACCCAAACCAGAGAGAAUUACCUGGUGUCCACGUUCUCCUCCAGGGAAGACCUCAUUAAGGUUCUCUUGGCCAGCAGCUUCAUCCCCGGGUACGCAGGCCUGAAGCCGGUGGAGUACAAAGGACAGAAAUGGGUGGAUGGAGGUCUCACCAACAGCCUCCCCGUUCUGCCCGAGGGACGCACCGUGACCAUCUCCCCUUUCAGUGGACGGCUGGACAUCUCCCCACAAGACAAAGGGCAGCUGGACCUCUACAUUAAUGUCUCCAAUCAGGAUAUAAUGUUGUCUCUGGCCAACCUGGUGAGGCUCAACCACGCCCUGUUCCCACCGAGGAAGAAGAAAAUGGAGUGCCUGUACAAAUGUGGUUUCGAUGAUGCCGUGCACUUCCUGCGGAAGGAAAACUGGUUUGAAUAAGGCACCUCAAUGGCUGCUCCCACAGCAUCUCUCCAUGUAGCCCAGGCUGGCCUCAAACUCAUGAACCUUGUUCCUCAUUAUCUCAAGUACUAGAAUUUAGUGCUGUGUGCCACCACGCCUCCUAAUUAAAUUCUGAAAAAAAAGUA